AGGCUCAGCAGCUCCAAGCUCCAGUUCGCCCCAGUCAGUCAAUUUGCCAUGUCGUCCGGUGUCGGUGUCGAUGAUGAGGUCAUCACGCAGUUCAACGACUUCAAGCUGAAGCGCGCCCCGCACGACUACCGCUACUUCAUCUACAAGAUCGUGGACGACUCGGAGAUCGUGAUCGAGUCCACGGGCCCCAGCAGUGAGUCGUACCAGGACAUGGCCGACAAGCUCGCGCAGAUCACCAACGACUGCCGGUACGCCCUGGUGGACCUUGACCUGACCACGAAGGACGGCCGCCCCACGAGCAAGAUCGUCUUCCUCUCCUGGUCGCCUGACACGGCCCGCAUCAAGUCCAAGAUGCUGUACGCCUCGUCCAAGGAGGCCAUCAAGCGCGUGCUCAUGGGUGUGGGCAUCCACCUCACGGCCACCGACGCCUCGGAGCUGUCCCUCGAGUCCAUCGAGGACGGCGUGUCCAAGUUCCUGUAGACAGCUCGGUCGGAUGCGUUUGGUAGAUCGGAUUCGCCUCUUCCCCCGUCGCGCGAAGUGAUGCUCGAGUAAUCCCAACACAUUUGCAUUUCUGUAGCUCUGUC